AUGGCGCAAUCAGCGACUCUUUUCAAACCUCCGCCGUUGGAUUCCACCAAGGCGCCCAUUGAGAAUGUGUUAGAACUGACACCGGUGAUUGACGUGGGGAAAGAUGUUUUUACCAAUACGCGACCCCUUUGGCAUCCGCCUGGAGCGCGAGGCAUUUACGGUGGUGCUGCCAUCGCCCAGUGUCUCGCCGCUGCGCUACGAACCGUUCCCGCCGAUUUCGCCGUCCAUAGCAUGCACUGUUACUUCCUCCUCGCCGGUGACUCCGAGAUACCUAUAUUGUACCACGUGGAACGAGUACGUGAUGGAAGGAGCUAUAUCACGCGGACGGUACAAGCCAAGCAGCGCGGUCGCCCCAUCUUCACCACAACACUGAGUUUCAACAAGGCCAACAGUGGCGGCAAGAAGAAGCUUGAGCAUGCAUCUUCGAUGCCAGCUGUCACUCUGCCAGAGGAGCCUGGACCGGGAUCUAAAAGAAAAUUCGAGGAAUCGGGUGGUGGGCCAUUCGAGUCACAGAGAGCGGGAAACCUCCCUCCUCAGGAACGGAAAACGAGACGCUUCAUGCGAUCACGGGGCAAGAUUUCCGAUGCGGGUGGCCAUCAGGCUCAUCUGUCUGCCCUUGCAUAUAUGACCGACAGCUAUUUCAUUGGCACCGUGUCCAGGGUCCAUAAUAUUCCUCGGUUCUCCUCCCCAGAGGAACUUAAGAAGGCACUAAAUGCGCUCAAGAACCCGUCUGACCUGGAUGACGAGGAUAUCGCGCGUGCUCUUAAGGAGCUGAAGGAAGAGGAAGCGGCAGAUCUACGCCGUCGCUUGGAAGGCGCUUUGCAUAGAGUAACUACUCAGCCACCUCAGGAACAUAAGGAAGUGGGCAUGAUGGUCAGUCUUGAUCACUCAAUCCACUUCCAUAACCCUUGGGCAUUUCGGGCAGACGAAUGGAUGCUUACAGAAAUGGAGAGCCCUUGGGCUGGCGAGGGACGAGGCUUGGUGUUACAGAAGAUCUGGUCAAAGGAUGGUACUUUGAUCGCUACAUGCACCCAAGAGGUAUGUGUGUUGAGUGCUUCUACUGAAACGACAUGUCUAAUUGGGUACUUUAUAGGGAGUCGUGCGUCUCAAACAAGACGAGCCACCUCGGUCUAA